AUGAAUGAUUUCCAAGGGAUUGCAAUCCCUAACUUCUUAGGUUCACUUGAAAAGUUGAGCUACCUCGAUCUCUCUAAUGCAUCUUUUGGUGGAAUGAUUCCUCCUCAUCUUGGAAACCUAUCAAAGUUGCGCCACCUUGAUCUCCUUGGGCUUUCAAGUUGGUUAGGCUAUAAGUUUUUAGAUGCUAAUCCAACCCGAAUUGUGCCUUGCAGAGAAGUUUGUGAUAUUAAUGCUUUCAAGAAUGCCACUUCGCUGAUUAUAAUAGGGGUUGAGCUGCCCGGUCAGCUCGUGGGGUCGAGGGGCCCAAUCCCAGCAUCAAUUGGAAGGUUGUCCAAAUUGGAGAUGUUAGACCUCUCUUUUAAUCAAAUGAAUGGGUCCAUACCAGAUGGCAUCGGAAAACUUGCAAACUUAAACUUCUUGUUACUUGAUAACAAUUACUGGGAAGGUGCUCUCUCCCAAAAUCAUUUGCAAGGCCUCACAAAAUUGCAAAGUUUCGGAAUAUCAUCGUCGAACAAAAGUUUAAUCUUCAAUAUGAGCCACGAAUGGGUUCCUCCAUUUAGCCUAACAGAAAUCACAGUCCGGAACUGUCGAUUGGGUCCCAGAUUUCCAGCGUGGCUAAGUAAUCAAAAACAACUUUCUUAUAUAAGGCUUACAAACGUUGCCAUUUCAGAAACAAUACCUUAUUGGCUUUGGGAGUUAUCUCCACAGAUUUUUUGGUUAGAUCUUUCUGGUAAUUGGAUACAUGGAGUGCUUCCCAAUUCAUUAGUAUUUUCUAGAGCAUAUCUAGUGGAUUUAAGUUUCAAUUGCUUAGAGGGUUCACUCCCAGUUUGGCCUAAUGUGUCACAUCUCCUCUUGGCAAACAAUUUAUUUUCAGGAUCAAUUCCCAUGAACAUCAACCAAAUGAUGUUGUCAUUGGAAGUUCUUGAUUUAUCUGAACUUCCUAAAUGGUAG